AUGUCGUUUAAAGUGGCUAUAAGAAGUUUUAGAACCUUAACCUACGUUGGAAGCUAUAAGAAAAUAAGAGAUCGGCCACUAAAAUUCUACUGUGCAGCAAUAUUGGGUGCCGGAUAUGUAACAUACAGACAGUAUUUGAGUAGUAAAGCAGAAAUGAAAGAAAUAAUACAAAUCAAGAACUACAUGGCCGAACCUGUAACUCCCUUAGAACAGUUACAAAAUAACCAAGAUGAUAUGAAAACACAAAUGGAACUUCUUAUCAUGAGAAUUCAAGCGGAGUUCUGUAGGGCCUUGGAGAAAGAGGAAGACAAGGCGUGGGAAGAUGAAAAAACAGCAGAUGAAUAUGAUUUUGACAACGACAUAUUCUUGCCAUCGCCGGAAGCAAAAUUCAAAGUGGACAGAUGGACUCGCGAGGAAGGCGGCGGUGGUAUCACUUGCGUGUUGCAAGAUGGCAGAGUGUUUGAGAAGGCUGGUGUUAAUAUUUCUGUCGUUUCUGGAAAACUGCCACCUCAAGCUGUUCAGCAGAUGAAGAGCAGAGGUAAAAACUUCGAAAAUAAAGAGUUGCCAUUCUUCGCGGCAGGCGUCAGUGCCGUCAUCCACCCGCGCAACCCCAUGGUGCCCACCAUCCACUUUAACUAUAGAUAUUUUGAAGUUAAGGAUAAAAAUGAGGUGCACUGGUGGUUUGGAGGCGGAACUGAUUUGACUCCAUAUUACUUGAAUGAAGAAGACGCGGUGCAUUUCCACCUCACCCUCAAACACGCGUGCGAUUCCCACGAUCCGACUUAUUAUGAGAAAUUCAAGAAAUGGUGUGACGAGUACUUCACGAUCUCGCACCGCGCGGAGCGGCGCGGCGUGGGCGGGAUCUUCUUCGACGACGUGGACUACCCCGACCAGGCCGGCGCCUUCCGCUUCGUCACAUCCUGCGCUGAGGCCGUCGUGCCCAGCUACAUGCCCAUUGUCCGCAAGCGCAAGGACGCCGCGUACGGCUACCGCGAGCGGCAGUGGCAGCUGCUGCGGCGCGGCCGCUACGUGGAGUUCAACCUCAUCUACGACCGCGGCACCAAGUUCGGCCUGCACACGCCCGGCGCCAGAUACGAGUCCAUACUCAUGUCGCUGCCUUUGAAUGCUAAAUGGGAGUAUAUGCACGAGCCUAAGCCAAAUUCGCCAGAAGAAAAAUUAAUGAAAGUCUUAAAGGAGCCAAGGGACUGGCUGAAUAUAGAGGAAAUGAAGAGUAAAGCCGCA